CGGGUCAGCCCCAUGCAAUAUGAAACUUCUAUAUAACGUGAACCAAUCAUCAUCUGGAUUUGAUUGCAUUGUACACUGGCGACCAACACAUUGUGGUUGACUGUCACGAAAGCAUGAGGAAGAAAAUUAUGAUGAGGGUCGGACGUAUUUGCGGAUAUUCACAUUGGGCAUCAGAACAAGUCAGAUCUACACAGCAACGCUGCCUUUCGGGGGAGCUUGGACAACGUAUCCAAAGACAAGCCUCUGAUUGUAUCUUGAUGCCGACCUGACUGUCAGGUCCUGGAUGUAACGGACAGUAUCACUACAUGGUAGGACUAGAAUUUCUGCUGUGUUCAUGGUGCUCCGUGUCUUCAAGCUAGUUCAACUCUCACAUACCGUUACAUUCCAGUGUGGCUUAAAUACCAACAGUAAACCCUAUAACGAUCAGUGCCUGUCAAUUGAUCAGGGUGUUAUGGUCUUUGAGGAGUCUUUGAUUGAAGUGUCAUUACGAAUAUCUCCCUCGGCGAAAAUCGAAUAUGACUAUGUGUCAUGAUGGUGUUAUUUUAAAACAUUGUGUACAAUGCUGAGGCAGUAGAUAAUUUAGUUCAAUUACAACGUGGUGAUUCAUGUGAUAGAAUGGCAAAUAGAGAAAUACAGAAAAAGUGAUUUCAGUCGUCGACGACGUCGUUGUGUUUCCAGAAGGACUAUUUUGUUGACAAGGUUGAAGCUGCAGGGGAAAGCCAAGCAUCAUCUGGCCUGGAGGCACCAUACAUUAAUUCUGUGGCAUAAGGUUUCAACACUAUAGGAAACCUUCAAGAAAUUGACUAAAAGUUGUCAGUUAAAGGGAUUAUACUACAAGAAACACUGCAACUGGAUGCUGUCCUGGACUAAGACUAAAUUGUUGAAAUAAUAACAUCAGGAAACAAAGCCUUAUUGCAACACUUUCUUUGGACAUUUUCACAAACAUGGAGAUACGUUGGACCCGGUGUUUCAUAGGUGUGUUGUGCUUAAUGUCAGUGUGUCAUUUCCAGGAAUGUCUUCCUAUAGACUGCUUUCAUAAUUGGUGUUGGUGUACAUCUUACAAAGGUAGUUGUGAGAACAAUGAGGACAGGCUGCAAUACGUCCCACGUCUACAGUGGGCUGGGGACAUUUACCGUUUUGCAUUUGUCCACAACCAUUUGAAGACCAUCACAAACAGUACCUUUCAAAACAUUAGCCAAUACACCCUACAUUUGCUGGAUCUUACACACAAUCACAUUUCACAUAUUUCUGCAGGUGCCUUUGCAAACCUAACUAACCUUCUUUACCUGUAUGUAAAUGAUAACCCUAUCGCGUUAGCUGAACUAGGUGAGGCGUUUCAUUCACUUCCUGGUGUUUUUGAACAUCUGUACUUGAACAGAUUAAAUAUCAGUGACGCCGGGUUAGAAGGCAGUUUCCUUCAUGGUCUACAGACAAAGAGUCUCACUGAGUUACAUCUCGCCCAAAAUAAACUGACAAAAUUUGAUGUUACUCCCUUUGUCUCCUUCAAAAUGUUGACUUUUUUAAACCUUUCGCACAAUGCAAUUGAGUGGAAGACAUAUCAUAUGAUUCCUAAGUUAGAAAGCCUACAGACUUUAAUUCUUGACCACAAUAACUUAACUGAAAUACCCAUAAUGUGCGUGGAUCAUCCUCGAAAGCCCUCCUUUCCAAACCUAAAGACGUUAACGAUAAACUAUAACCAUAUCUAUACACUAGUUGCUGGAAAUUUUCAUUGCCUCCGGAGCCUGACGGAUUUAAUCAUGUCAGGAAAUGUAAUUAGGAGUAUCAAAAGGUUCUCAUUUCAAGGUAUAGUUAGGCUUGAAAACUUGGUUAUAUCUCACAAUAAAGCAAAUCUUACAAUACAAGGACAGGUAUUCAACCCAAACCUCUCAAAUCUAGAUCUGUCUCAUUCAAACAUAUACUAUUUCAGUACAUCCGUAUUUUUAAACUGCACCAGGAUCAAGACAAUUAAUCUUUCUGGCAAUGACUAUAGCAGAGGUGAUAAAUAUUACUUUAGAUACCUUCUCGGAAUAGCAAUGAACACAAUAGAGUCAUUCAACUGCACAAGUUGUGGGUUAAGACAAAUACCAAGUGUCUUUUCAGAAAUGGGCAGACUUAAAGAACUGCAUCUAAGUGAGAACUCAAUACAAGACAUCCAGAACAAUUUCUUUGACAGCAAUCACCACCUUCGGAAGUUGUCCCUUGCCAACAAUUCCAUUAAGACUCUAAGUAGAUUUGCUUUUCCCAAUUCGGUGAGAAAAGAAUUACAUCAUGUACAUCUUGAAAACAAUCCUUUUGUUUGUAACUGUGAUUUAUUUUGGCUCAAGUCCUGGCUGUUAUCUGAGACAAGGAAGUUUUCAAAUCACCUGUCUAAAUAUACAUGUUCAAACGUUCCUUUUCAAGGCAAGAAUCUUGUGGAUAUAACGUCUAUUAACAGUUCAGACUGUUCCGAAACUCGCAAAAGGUUUUCCAUCGUGUACUUCAUCGUUGGGACUGUGCUUAUUUGCCUGUGUUUCUUUGGCUUGGGCUACAGAUUCAGACGGAACAUUAGGUACUGCUGCUUGACGUUCAAAUCUUCAUCUUCAGAAUCUAUUCCUCUUCUGAGAAACGAUGUCUACAUCCUGUACAGUGAUGAAGAUUACUUGUGGGUGAGAUACGAAGCACUGGACAAGUUAGAAAAUGAAGGAAAGCAAAAAGUAUGCUUCCGCCAAAGAGACUUUAACCCCAAGAAAUAUGUGGUUGAUAAUGUAGUGACAAACCUGAGACGCUGUAGAAAAGUCAUUGCAGUUUUAUCCAACAGCUUCUUCAAGGACCGAGCUUCGCAGUUCGAGAUGUCCUUAGUCCGGAAACGUCUGGAGCGUCACAAGGAGAUGCUGGUAUUGGUUCUUCUUGAAGACAUUGAGACCAGAUACAUGUCUCAUUCUGUCAACAGUAUGAUGCAGGCCUGUCUAACUAUCAAAUGGUCAGAGAUGAAUGAUGAAAGAGAUGCUUUUUGGGAGCAGCUGUUAACGCAUGUGUAAAAAAUGAUUCUUUGGGAUGAGUGAUAUAUGGUCUGUGGGUCAGGAUCCUCCAAUGUUGUGUAUAAACAUUCCAUGGACAUGACAUUUUCCAAUGUGAAUUUCCAAUAAACAUAUUCUCCAUUUAUUCAGUUCUGAAUUGGACCCGUGAAUAGCCAGGAUAGUAUUGGUCAUGCUUGUUGUAAGAGGCGACU